AUGGCGACACAUCAUCAAUCGUAUUCUGUUGUACAGAAACCAGCCACAUGCAUGUGCUUAUUUAUGUUAGUACUAGUGAAGUGCAUACAGACACAGACUUCAUUUGAAUCUGAAUCUACUACACACAUGAUUGGUCUUGGAAGCUAUGACAUCACAGGGCCUGCUGCUGAUGUGAACAUGAUGGGAUAUGCUAAUAUGGAACAAAUUGCCUCUGGUAUUCAUUUCAGAUUGAGAGCUCGCACAUUCAUUGUGUCACAACCUCAAGAAGAAAAAUCCCUAGUGUUUGUGAACCUGGAUGCGUGCAUGGCUUCACAGCUUGUUACAAUUAAAGUUAUAGAAAGAUUGAAGGCAAGGUAUGGCAACCUAUAUACUGAGGAGAAUGUUGCUAUUAGUGGGAUUCACACUCAUGCUGGGCCUGGAGGAUAUCUUCAAUAUGUUGUAUAUAUUAUAACAUCUCUUGGUUUUGUACAACAAUCUUUCAAUGCCCUUGUGGAUGGCAUUGAAAGAAGCAUUAUGCAAGCUCAUGAGAAUCUUCGUCCAGGGUCUGUCUUUAUCAAUAAAGGAGAGCUGUUAGAUGCGAGUAUAAACCGUAGCCCGAGUGCCUAUCUGAAUAAUCCAGAAGAAGAAAGGAGUAAUUACGAAUAUGACACUGAUAAAGAGAUGACACUUUUGAAGUUUGUAGAUGAUGAGUGGGGUCCAGUGGGAAGCUUUAAUUGGUUUGCCACUCAUGGAACGUCUAUGAGCCGUACAAAUUCACUGAUUAGUGGUGACAAUAAAGGUGCAGCUGCACGAUUUAUGGAGGAUUGGUAUAACAAAGGAUUUCAAACCCAAUCACUUAUCAAAUAUAAACUACCUCGAAGAAUCUCCAACAUAAUUCCAGACUUUCAUCAACAUCGUAAAGAGCUGAUGGAAAUUGCUUCGAGCUUCCAGUCAUCUGGAGGAAGAGGUGUUACAAGAGCUCUAAGUGUUGCAAAACGAGUGAGGAGCAGCUUUAGGCAGGCUGAAAAGCCUCAAUUCGUGUCUGCAUUUUGUCAAACAAAUUGUGGGGAUGUAAGUCCAAAUGUGCUUGGAGCUUUUUGCUUAGACACUGGCUUGCCCUGUGACUUCAAUCAGAGCACCUGCAAUGGUAGAAAUGAACUCUGCUAUGGCCGUGGUCCAGGGUACCCAGAUGAAUUCGAGAGCACACGUAUCAUUGGUGAACGGCAAUUUAAAAAAGCCACACAACUCUUUGAAAGUGCGUCUGAACAACUGAAAGGGAAAGUUAAUUAUCGACACACAUACAUUGAUUUUUCCAACCUCAAAGUCCAACUUUCAGAAGCAGCUAAUAAUAAUAAUAAUGUCAAAACGUGCCCUGCUGCUAUGGGAUUUGCUUUUGCUGCUGGAACCACUGAUGGACCUGGAGCAUUUGACUUCAAACAGGGAGAUGACCAGGGAAAUGCAUUUUGGAAGCUUGUUGGAGGGUUACUGAAAAAACCAGAUGAGGAGCAGAUCAAUUGUCAGGAUCCCAAACCCAUUCUGAUCGACACCGGUGAAAUGCAUGAUCCAUACGACUGGGCCCCUGCCAUACUACCAAUUCAGAUUUUGCAAAUCGGGCAACUUGUUAUUCUCAGUGUUCCAGGAGAAUUCACGACUAUGGCCGGGAGGCGUCUGCGUGAUGCGGUGAAGGAAGUUUUGACUUCAUUUGGAGAGGAAGAAGAAAAAGAAGAAUUUCAUGUUGUGAUUGCUGGACUUACAAAUACUUAUUCACAGUAUGUGACUACGAUUGAGGAAUAUCAGAUUCAGAGAUACGAGGGAGCUUCGACUCUGUAUGGUCCACACACCCUGAAUGCAUACAUCCAAGAAUUCAAGAAAUUAGCAUCUUCUCUGAUGAAUGACCAAAAAGUGGAACCGGGCCUACAACCACCGGACCUACUAGACAACCAAAUCAGCCUUCUAACCCCGGUGUUACUUGACGCAACCCCUCUCGGUUCAAGAUUUGGUGAUUGCAAAACUGACGUUCCUUCCGGUUCAGUCUUUUCAAGGGGUGAUGUUGUGACCGCCACAUUCUGGUCAGCCUGCCCGAGGAACGACCUUAUGACCGAAGGCACCUUUGCACUUGUGGAGAUUUUGGACUCCAACAACAAAGACGAUUGGGAACCGGUUUAUGAUGAUGAUGACUGGUGCCUAAAGUUUAUAUGGUCGAGGCCUUCAAAGCUUAGUACACGAAGCUAUGCAACUAUCGAAUGGGUGAUUCCGGAUGAGGCUGUUUCUGGCGUUUAUAGGAUUACACAUUUUGGUGCAUCCAAGUCGCUUUUUGGUUCGGUCAACCAUUUCACGGGUUCUUCUACUGCUUUUUCUAUAGCAUAAAAAAGAAAUAAGAAAAAACCAUUGGUUUAUGAUGUUUAGACUUAACAGAUGGAGACGACUAUUCUAUACAUACAUAUAAAUCUGAUGACACGUGUUAAUGGCCUUAUGUUGAUGUGGAAAUAGAAAAUGAAAUUCACACUCAAACAGAACACUACAGAAUUUGGAAGUAGAUCUAUUUGGAUAAC